CAGACAGACUACUAGUGGAGAAACCAUCCAAGCUAGCCAUGCAUCGGUCCACACCUUUCCCCUUCUGGACAUCCAAAUUCACAAGCUCCAUGCCUUUCCAUCCACCACUGAAGUCUAUAAAUAGAACAACAUUGAAGUCCAUUCCUCACCGAACAAAAGAACACCAUCACUUGCCUUCAAAUGGCUUCCUCAAACCUCCGCUCUUCCCUCCUCCAACUCCUCCAAGUCCUCCUCAUCCUUCUCGCACCAGCAUCAGCUGCUGACUCCAAUCUCUUCAGGGAAUACAUCGGAGCCGAGUUCGAUGGCGUCCGGUUCUCCGAUGUCCCCAUCAACCCUGGUGUCGAAUUCCACUUCAUCCUCUCCUUUGCAAUAGACUACACCUCCGAUUCCCCGACUCCUACUAAUGGUCGGUUCAACAUCUUCUGGGACACCGACAACCUCUCCCCCUCGCAGGUAGCUGCCAUCAAGCAGAGCCAUGGCAAUGUUAAGGUUGCACUCAGCCUUGGUGGAGAUAGUGUUGGCAGUGGCUCAGCAUAUUUCCAGCCAUCUUCCAUAGAUUCUUGGGUCCGCAAUGCUGUCAGUUCGCUGACAAGAAUCAUCAAACAGUACCAUUUGGAUGGUAUUGAUAUUGACUAUGAGCACUUCCAUGCCGAUCCCGAUACCUUCGCAGAGUGUAUUGGGCAGUUAGUGACGAGGCUAAAGAACAAUGGUGUCAUCUCAUUUGCUUCCAUUGCUCCUUAUGAUGAUGAUGAAGUCCAGAGCCAUUACUUGGCCUUGUGGAGGAAGUAUGGGCAUGUCAUAGACUAUGUCAACUUCCAAUUCUAUGCCUACGAUUCAAGCACAACGGUAUCUCAGUUUCUGAGCUAUUUCGCACAACAGAGCUCCAAUUACAAUGGAGGGAAAGUAUUGGCAAGUUUUGCGACAGAUGGAAGUGGAGGGUUAUCGCCAGAAAACGGCUUCUUCCGUGCAUGCAACACUCUCAGGAAGCAGGGGAAGCUUCAUGGCAUCUUUGUUUGGUCUGCAGAUGACUCCAUGAGCGAUGGUUUCCCCUACGAGAAGGAGUCGCAAAACAUGCUGGCGAGCUCUCAUUAAUCUCAGUUAACGUAUAAAGUUUCAGCUAUCAUGCAUGAAGUGCUGUAAUUGGUGUUCUUGCGAAAGGUGUUGAACCGAAAAUAGUAAACUAUACAUGGAGUGAAUGAAGAAAGCCUGUAAUUUGGUAUAAAUUAGUAUUAUGAAGAAAGAGUGCUGCUUCAAAUUUAAGGUCUGCCAUAGAUUUCUUCUUUCCUUUUCAAGGUUCGAUAUAGGUCUGUGUUCAUGUUUUCCAUAAACCUUGUGGUUAAUUAAAUCCU